CGGAGUCAUGCUCUAGCUUACCAGUAAAGAUGCCGACUGGCUUGUUUAACAUCGGAAAUACUUGUUUCGCCAACUCUGUCCUACAAUGAAUUCUCCAUACACCUGAGAUGCACCAGUUAAUCACGACUCUCCCCAUCGGAGAAGAUGAGGAAGGCAACUCUGAGGGAGAAAAUGAAUCAGAAGGAGAUUCUGAAUAUUCUAGUGAAUAUACAAAGCAGCCUGAGUUCAACAACUUUGCCUAUGACGAUGACAUUCCUACCUAUUGUUGUUCAUUAUGAGGCAUCAAGGAAAUCAUACAAGGAAUGGCAAACAGUGGUAAAUAAUUUCCUCCCACUUGGAAUGAAAGAUAUAAUAAAGAAAGUUUUCGGUGAAGAGGUGAGGUUCGGUCGCCAACAUGAUGCACAUGAGUUCCUCAUGAUCCUCCUUCAUACCUUUGAAGUAUCAGGGUGUUAUCAGAAGGCUAUGGAUUGUAUUAGACAGCAACGAAAAUUCAGCAAACCCAAAAUAGUUGAGAUCAAUAAAGUCUUUGAAGGAAGCUUUACGAGUAAUAUCCAAUGCCAGAAAUGAAGAAGGAACAAUAAGAAUGAACAGAAGUUCCAGGAUAUCAACUUGGACAUCAGAGAGACUUUUGAAGACAGCAUGAGGCACUACUUCUCAUCGGAAAAGCUUGAAGGAGAAAAUAAGUAUGAUUGAGAAAAAUGAAAGCAGUACACAAAUGCUAUUAAAUCAAUUUCCUUGAAAGAUCCUCCUUUAAACUUGAUUGUUAACCUCAAGAAGUUUGACGUUAACGGAGCUAAGAUAAAAGCUAAGAUAGAGUACCCACAUAGCUUUAACCUAGGAGAUUACAUCAAGUCCACAGGAAAGGGAUCUAGAAGUAAAGUAGCAAAUAUGUAUGAGCUUUAUGCUGUAAUUAAUCAUGAAGGCAAUUUUAGUCAUCGUGGACAUUACAAUUGAUACGUUAAAGGAUUUGAUGAAACUUGGUACAGAUGUGAUGACUCCAAAAUUAGGAGAAUUGGAGGUCAGAACCAGACCAGCUCAGAGAAAGCUUAUAUCCUAUUCUACAGGCUCAAAAAGAUUCUUUCCAAAAGAGGUCCUAAGCGUAAGGCAAUUACUAAAACCUCUCCUCUUCAAAAUGAAGAAACCAAACCUCAAAAGUUCGAUAUUCCAAAGCCCUCCAAGCCUACCACGAAGCGGAAAAGACCGUAUGCCCCUUUCCAUCCAAACCCCUGCCUUCUCCCCUCCUCUCAGCCUCCUUCAUCUCUUUCAAAAUCUUCCCAAAACAUAACCCCACCAGACUCAAAUUGUAGUCCAAAAAGGUUCAAAAGCCAAGAAGCUGACAACUUCGAUACAACUGCUGAAGUGUCCAUCUAAAGCUCUUUAAAGCAGUACCAGAGUACUAAACCUCCUAAAUUUCAAGAAAAUUUUUACAAGUUUAUU